AUGUCUGUGCCGACCACAGAUAGUACUGAAGCAAUUACAAAUUCCGGAUACGGAAGCAGCGACGAGACGGCGAGCUUACUUGUAUCAGGGCCGUCUGUAACUGUUAUUGUCCCCAACGAGAACAGAACUGUCAAACCGGUCCUCCAACGCCAGGACUGUACCACGCAUUUGCGACCACAACUCUCCGGCGGACCUGGAAGCGAAGAAAGCGCUGCGUCUAUCAGAGUCGAAGACGGAACCACUAGAAGUGUCCCAGACAUAGAAUUACAAUGCAGGGAUCAAUCGGACCGCCCUCAAACCCUCGUUUCACCUGUGGCGAUGUGUUCGCAUCGCGGGUCAGUUACGACGUGCCAGUUAGUUCCACAUACGUACAACAGAUGUCGUGCUUGCGAACGGCGGCAGUCUACGGCGCCAAUGUCGGCGUUGCAUUUAGCGCGAUCUGUGUCUAGAGAGAGUGUUCGCUCGGCGUUACAUUAUCCAUGCGGUUGUAGUUCUCUACACGCUGUCAGCACUUGCCCUGUCAUACAACCUCCAGCGCUAUUGCUACCAGCGACAAGCAACAGAAUUAUACGUCAGAGUUCCCAACCGGAGUCUAGCGCAUGCGCGGCGCACUGUGCCCAUCAUAGCCACCACCCUAGCGCCUCGCUACGACAGCUGAGGGAACCGGGCGAUGGAAUCGCUGGUAUCGCAGCCGACUCCCUUCGAAUCAACGGCGGAAUGCGGCCUUUUAAGCAGGGGCUGCUCCUCUGCCCACAAACCCUGUCGCAGACCCGUCGAGCCAGGUUGAGACGUGCCUUUACGGAGGCCACAGGAGAUACAGUGACCUACGUUCGAACGGUGGGCCAUUUUCGCAUCACCAAGGACCACAAUCGGCUAUACAACCUGUUCGUUUGGGGCUUAUAA